CCUGCCAAAAAAGGACAUGAGAACCUGGCGAAAGUGACUCCACAAGGACACCUGACAGGAAGACGCAAUGGCUCCGCGUGCCAGGUCCUCUCGCGCUAUAUAAGGUGCCUUGGAAAGCGGCACAUUCUUGGAUCAUGCGUGCUGGCACCUCCUAGAGGGGGUCCUACCUGUGGCGGCAGCAUGAGCGCCUCCGUGGCCGUGUACCGCAGCAUCUACACCGAGGACCGCUUCCGGCAGGCGUACGGCGCCGGGGAGCAGCGCAGCGCGGCCGCCGCCGUCGCAGCCGCCGACACCGACACCCUCAGGGAGAGGCUGCUCAGCCGCUGCACGUGCUCCAGAGGGGCGCUGCUGCGCGUGCUCAGGGAGCGCGCGCCCAUCCUCACCUGGCUGCCCAGGUACAGGCUGCGGAAAUGCAUCCUGGGAGACACGGUGGCGGGACUGACGGUCGGCAUUCUGCACAUACCUCAAGGGAUGGCCUUUGCUUUGCUGACAUCUGUAGCUCCCAUCUAUGGUCUCUACACAUCAUUCUUUCCUGUUGUCCUAUACAUGCUCUUCGGUACGGGCCGCCACGUCUCCACAGGCACCUUUGCUGUGGUGAGCCUGAUGACCGGCUCAGUGGUGGAGCAGCUGGUGCCCACACCCGUGGACGGGAAUGGCAGCAGCACGGAGUCGGCAGACAUAGAGGCGCAGAGGAUUGGUGUGGCGUCUGCAGUGGCCUUCCUGUCUGGGGUCAUCAUGAUCUGCAUGUUCAGUCUCCAGCUGGGCUUCCUUUCCACGUACCUGUCAGAGCCCAUAGUCAAGGCCUUCACAAGCGCCGCUGCCUUCCAUGUCACCGUGUCACAGCUGCAGAGUAUGCUCGGACUCCGGCUGCCUCGCUACACCAGUACCUUCUCUCUCUUCAAGACUUUGGCCUCAGUACUGGAGAACUUGCCCUUCACUAACUUGGCAGAGCUGCUGAUCUCACUUGUUUGCCUGGCUGUUCUGGUGCCAAUGAAGGAGCUCAACAUGCGCUUUCGCCAUCGUUUGCGCACCCCUAUCCCGGUGGAGAUACUCACUGUUAUAAUCGCCACAGGAGUUGCUUAUGCUACUUCUCUGGACUCAAGAUAUGAAAUACAGAUUGUGGGGCAUAUUCCAGCAGGUUUCCCCAAGCCACGGUUGCCAGCUUUAGAGGCAUUACCUCAGAUUGCUGGAGACACAACUGCCAUCACGUUUGUGGGCUACGCCGUGUCUGUCUCGCUGGCCAUGAUCUACGCAGACAAACACGGCUACUCCAUACAACCCAACCAGGAGCUGCUUGCACAUGGGAUCUCCAACUGUGUGUCCUCCCUUUUCACCUGCUUCCCCAGCUCAGCCACGCUGGCCACCACCAACAUCCUGGAGAGUGCUGGUGGGUACACGCAGCUGUCGGGCCUCUUCGCCAGCCUGGUGGUGCUCAUUGUGCUCCUGUUGAUUGGGCCCCUGUUCUACUUCCUGCCCAAGGCAGUCCUUGCCUGCAUAAAUGUCACCAGUUUGAGGCAAAUGUUCCUGCAGUUUAAGGACCUUCCAGAGCUGUGGAGAAUAAGCAAGAUCGAUUUUGUGGUCUGGCUCGUCACCUGGCUGUCCGUAGUGGUCCUCAAUGUAGACUUGGGCUUGGCGAUCGGGGUCAUCUUUUCCAUGAUGACAGUCAUCUGCCGCACUCAGAGGGCUGAUUGCUCAGUACUGGGCAGGGCUUCCAACACAGAAAUCUACCGGCCAAUUGAGAACCACAGCAAAUGUUAUGAGGUACCUGGAGUGAAGAUCCUGACUUACAAUGGGCCCAUAUACUAUGGAAACCGUAGCUUCUUCCGGGAGGCCAUGAACCGCCUGCUGGAACUGAGCCCAGAGAGAAUCCGGACCAUGGAGAAGGCCAGGAAGGCUCGGGAGAAGAGGGAGAGGGAUGCUGUGCCGACUGUGGAAAGUGGGGUGGCUAAUACAUCAUUCUCCUCUGAAAAUGACUUUUUCAAAUCAGAUAGUGCAGCCAGCGACGUCCAGGCGGUGCUGAUUGACUGCAGUAGCGUGAUUUUUGUCGACAUUGCCGGGGCCAGGCUGUUCAUUCAGAUGUGCACAGAAUGUCAGAAGGUAGGGGUGCGCAUUUACCUAGCAAACUGCAACGAGAGCGUGCUGAAGAUCCUGACCUCCAGUGGCCUCAUGAACUACAUGAACCCUCAGCACAUUUUUGUCACGGUCCACGACGCGGUCGUCUACAUUGAGCAGCAGAAGGAAAAACUGCCUGACAGCACAAACACUGUCUGGGUGUGAAGGCCCAUCUUCUCCACCUGAGAAGUGAAGAUCGCCAAACCCUCAACAAGGAUGGAAGGUGGCAGGAAGUAAAAUUCAGUCCGCAGAAGUGGCCUUUUUGUAUGAGAUCAGGGAUCACCGCCCCGUGGCGAAUUUGUGCAAUCGCGCACAUGCACAGCGAUGACCACGGUGUGGUUUGUGUAUGCACCGCUUUGCCGCAGAACACUUGGAGGUCUUGAGUUUGAAAAGGUGCAGUAAAAAUCCUGUAACACUGUCUUGAUUUUGAAAGCUUUCCACGUGGACUGACUUCAGUAAGAAAACGGUUUAAUUAAUAUGGAUCACGGGAAGUGGUUCUGUGGCCGUGGUACCGUGUGAAUAAGGAAGACCUUUUAUGUUUAAAAAUACUUUUGCACAAAUGGUAAAAAUGCAAACAUAAAAGAAAUGUCUAAAUCCAAAAAAAAGAUUUUGUACAGUUUGUGAAGACAUGGUUACACAUAUUGAGGUAACAGACGAAUUGUAGGAGAAAGUUUAACUACUGGAAAAAGCUACCAUGCUUCAGUAAUGUGCUGGAAUAUAUCCAAUACAUUAAGCUUAGUAGUUCAAAAUGUUUCAUAUGUUAAUUUUUUUUCAGAUGCUGGAAGAAUAGAGAUGAUAUGUAGUGGGAAAUAAGUAUCUUUUUCAUUAGUUUUGUAUCAUAGUAUACAUAAUGAUAUUGCAAUAAAAUUGUAGUAAAUUUCUGCAUCCA